AUGGCUGAGGCUGCCCAGUCCAGUGGGGAAUCUCAAGGCGCAGAACUUAGAAUCCAGAUCCAGCAGCCUGUGGAGAGAACCCUGAGGACGCCAGCCAGGCGGGGUACGCAGUCCGUGCUCAGAGUGUCCCAGCUGCUGCUCAGGGCCAUUGCGGGCCACCAGCACCUGACUCUGGCUGCGCUCAAGAAGGAGCUGGGUAACGCUGGCUACGAAGUCCGCCGGAAGGUCUCCUCUCACCACGCGGGGGAAUCCACCAGGUCGGUGAAAGGCACGCUCCUGAGGGUCAGUGGCAGCGACGCUGCCGGCUACUUCAGGGUCUGGAAAAUUUCAAAGCCGAGGAGAAAGUCGGGACGGUCCCGGUUGACACUGGGCAGCCACAGUUCUGGGAAGACCGUGCCCAAAUCCCCCAGACCACGCAGGCCCCGCUCGCGUCGCAAGGCGGCCAAGAAGGCCAGAGAAGUCUGGAGACGCAAGGCCAGGGCUUUGAAGGCAAGGUCCAGGAGGGCCAGAUCAAGGGCUAGAUCAAGGUCCAGGUCAAGGGCCAGAUCAAGAGCCUCUUCAAGGGCCACAUCCAGGGCCAGAUCAAGGGCCCGGUCAAGGGCCCGGUCAAGGGCCACAUCCAGGGCCAGAUCAAGUGCCAGGUCAAGUGCCAGGUCAAGUGCCAGGUCAAGUGCCAGGUCAAGCGCUAGGUCAAGCGCUAGGUCAAGUGCCAGGUCAAGGGCUAGGUCUAGAGCUAAGGACCUAGUGCGUUCCAAAGCCAGGGAACAGGCUCGUGUCAGAGCCAGGGAACAGGCUCAUGCCAGAGCCAGGACACACGACUGUGUCAGGUCUAAAGAGCAGGAGUACGUCAGAGCCAAGGAGCAGGAGUAUGUCAGGACCAAGGAGCAGGAGUGUGCUAAGGCGAAGGAACAGGCGCAAAUCGGAGCCAGGGAGGAAGUCCGAAUCAAGGCAAUCGACAACAGCAGAGCACAGCCUACAAAGGAAGACACCAGUCCUUGGUCUACAGACCAGAAGAUGUCGAGCUCCAAACCCAGAGAAGAGAAGAGACAGGAACCCGAGAAGCCAGUAAAACGGACCAUCCAGAAGCCAGUUGUGGCCAAAGUGGACAACGCUACCAGCAGACAAGGAAAAGCAUGCACAAAGUCUUCUACCAAAAGUGGUCAUCCUGGGGGCACAGGGACUCCUUAA